GGCUAUAUAAUCUUUUGCUUACUGUACACGUGAGGGAAGGCAAUAGAAACCACGUGUCACAUAAAAAUCAGCUGAGACUCGGUGAUUCUCGUCCCACCGUUAAAGAUGACGACGGCGACGACGACUGCGUCACUGUUGGAGACUUCUCUUUUACGGUGUUGCUCGUCUUCUUCUUCUUCUUUCAAAUUCAAACUCGAAUCUUCCGGGAAACAUGUUGUGAGAAGGUUAAGAGAUUGGCGUAUUCGUUGCGUGUCCGAUGAUCCUGGUUCGCGUCCUGAUUUGGUUUCCAGUAGAAGAAAAAUGGUAGUCAUGUUGUCAACAGUGCAGCUUCUAUCUCAUUUGGUUACGCCAUAUGGCAGCAAGGCAGCUGACAUAUAUCCAGUGAUGCAAAACGAAAUAAGAANGUUUGACAAUGCAUACUACAAAAUCCUUCUUGAAAAACCAUGGACAUCAACUUCCAAAAUGACGAGCAUGGUUGGCCUCCCUUCGGAUCAUGCCUUAGUNGAGAUACUGCAAUCCACUAAGUUAAGAUCUAUUGUGUCUUGA